CAGCUUCAGCUUGCCUUCAUAACUGAUAUCAUCCGCACCAUGACAUCCUUCCCAGAGAAUGUUGGCAUCAAGGCCAUGGAAAUCUAUGUCCCAGCCCAGUGUCUGGAUCAGACCCUCUUCGAGCAAUACCAAGGUGUCUCCGCCGGCAAGUACACCAUUGGACUAGGCCUCCAGUGCAUGAAUUACUGUACCGACAGAGAAGAUGUCUGCUCUCUUGCUUUGACAGCCGUGUCCUCCCUCCUCAAGAAAUACAGCAUCGAUCCCAACUCUAUCGGACGUCUCGAAGUAGGCACGGAAUCCCUAAUCGACAAGGCCAAGUCCAUCAAGUCCGUCCUUACAACCCUCUUCGAGCCCUCCGGCAACACAAGCAUUGAAGGUAUUGACACCAUUCACGCCUGCUACGGCGGGACCAACGCCCUCUUCAAUGCCAUAAACUGGGUCGAGUCACGGUCCUGGGACGGCCGGGACGCCAUCGUCGUAGCAUCUGAUAUUGCCCUCUACAAGGAGUCUUCCUCCCGUCCUACAGGUGGCGCAGGCUGCGUUGCCAUGCUCGUGGGUCCCAACGCACUGCUCUCCCUAGACCACAGCAUCAGAGGUGUCUACAUGACGCACACAUACGACUUCUACAAACCAGACCUCAAAGCCGAGUUCCCUCUCGUUAAUGGCCAUGAAUCGAUCACUUGCUAUAUACGUGCCUUGGAUGGAUGCCACAAGGACCUCCUCCGUCGCAGAAGCAUGAACAAUAAGAACGUGGAAACUGUCCUCGACCUCUUCGACUACAUGGCUUUCCACACCCCAAAUUGCAAACUAAUGAGCAAAUCCUAUGGUCGACUCAAAUACAACGAUCUUCUCCAUCAAUUGAGCUCGAAACCAAACACCGACCUGACCGACAUCCCGCCUGAGCUCCGCACCCUGACCUACGAAGAAUCCCUCAAAGACAAGAACCUAGAGAAAGCGCUCGUAGCUCUAACAAAGAACCAGUUCAAAGAGCGCGUUGAACCAUGCAUCACUGCCCCAUCCUUGUGUGGAAACAUGUACACAGGCAGUCUUUAUUGCUCGCUUAUCAGCCUGAUCAGUAAUAUCGAUCUUGCUACUGCGCAGGGGAAGACUAUUGGCAUGUUCAGUUACGGCAGCGGUCUAGCCAGCACCCUCUUCGCCUUGAAAGUAACAGGCGAUUUAGCCCCCAUGGUUGAGAAAAUCGAUCUCAUGAAUCGUCUAAAGCAGAGACAUGUCGCUACCCCGGAAGAAUAUGAAGAGGCCUGCGCACUUCGACUAAAAGCCUACGGAAGCAACAACUACACCCCAUCUGGCGACAUAGCUUCCCUGGCACCGGGAACAUACUACUUGGAAAGGAUCGAUGAGGUGUAUCGGCGAACUUAUGCUAUUAAAUCUUGAUCCCGAGAUCUCCGG